AGCAAACCAGAAGCAAAUAUGCCUGCUGUUGUGACUCUGGCGUUAAUAAUGACAUACCAGCUGUUUCAAAAUAUGUCUGAGAAUCGGGGGAAUGCCAUGAGACGAAGACGUCUUCUCCGGUUGGCAGCACGGCUGGGUAACACUACGGCGGCUAAUCCGGUGAGGUAUUGCCGUCUUGACCACAAUAUGCCCAUUUUAAGGGUCUGGUUCAAUGUUGAGGCGGACCUAAGACAAGACUUUCGCCUCAGCAGAAGGGCCAUGCAUGCUGUGCAAAGGCUGCUUCAAACGGAGCAGGACCAUGGCUGGGGACGGGAGCUAGAAGUUCUCAUCUACGUGUAUUGGUUGGCGCAUGGGCUGUCUUACAUCGUGGUGGCUCGUGUAUUCAACGUCCCGAAAUCCACGGUGCACCGGGUCGUUCACAAAGUGGCGAAUUACAUCUGCAGAAACCUGCGGCAGAAACCUGCCCUCCCCCAGGCUGCAGAGCUGGCUGCAGUUGGGCAAGGGUUUGCUCAACUGUCCGGUAGCCCUGCUUUCACAAAUGUUGUGGGUGCAAUAGAUGGAAGCCAUAUUAGGAUAAAACCACCAGCACGUCACCGAAUUGACUAUCUAAAGUACAAGGGUUUUUAUUCCAUCAACAUGCAGGCAGUAUGUGAUUCUACAGGAAGAUUCCUGGAUAUCUUUGUCGGGUACCCCAGGUCAGUGCAUGACACAAGGGUCAUGAAAAACAGCAGUUUGUAUAAAGUGAGACGCUACCCUCCGCCAGGGUACAUUCUCCUUGGAGAUGGUGGCUACCCGUGUUUAGACACACCUAUCUGCCUCAUGACGCCAUACAAGGAGCCAGUCACCGGUCCAGUACAGGGACGAUACAAUUACCGUCAUGCAAAGGGUCGUAGUAUUAUUGAGAGAGCUUUUGGGGUAAUGAAGACAAGGUGGAGGUGCACCCUUUUCAAAGCACUGGAGGUCAAGCCAACAUUUGCUCCUCAGGUAAUAGCAUCCUGUGCCUUUCUCCACAACGUGUGCCUGGACAAUGGGGACCUACUGGAGCCAGACGAAGACGUUUCCCAGGACCUCCUGGAUCCCCAACCUCCCCGGGAGCCCCUAGCAGUCAACGAGAGCUCUGGAAAUGCAACACGGACAGAUUGGCAGCCCAGGUGUAAUUGUAAAGACACUGUUUGAACCUU